GACGAGUAUCCGACCGUAAGGAGGAUAGAGACAAUGCAAGUCGUGCACUAGCGAGUGGUCUAGGGGAACUUUGCAGAGACUGGAAAUCCGCCAACUGUGUGACUAAAAGUUCCGCGGAUCCACCGAGCAAACAAAGCGAUAAACGGAGCUCUCUGCCAUAAUCUGGACCUACAAGAGGGUUGUAAUCGCCAGGGAAGAUCACCGACCAGGGCUUUGGAUACACCCCUCUGUCUACACCGCUGGUGGCUCCAGACGAGCGUAGGAUUUCUUUUGAGGCGCUUGGUCCUCCGUGACGAUACAAGAGCACUCUGACGUAUCAAUUGACGCUGGAAACCGAUGAACAAGAUGACCAAGUUGAUGAAAAAACGAGUCUUCUUGCUCCUCUUUGGGCCUCCUGGAGUUGGCAAGAGCACCUUUGGCAAACUCUUGGCCAAGGACUACAACUUUAGGCACAUUUCUUCAGGUGACUUGUUGAGAGAUUUGGCGAGAGAGUCUAGUUCUGUGGGAGCUAAUCUCGCGGAUGUCAUGUCCAGUGGUUCCCUCGUUGAUGACAGUUUCAUUUGCUCCGUACUUGGGACUGAGCUCGCAAAGAAUAAUUCGUCGGUCUUGCUGGAUGGGUUUCCACGUUCUGUUGCCCAGACAAACUUUAUGUUGACCCUGUCGUCAGAGCUGGAUUCGCGUUUGGUUGUGCUGAACCUCACUCUGAAUACUACCCACUUGAUAUCCAGGUUGAUGGGUCGCAGAGUCUGUCUGGGAUGUAAGCGGAGUUACAAUACAUUUUCAAUAAAUGAUGGAGAAUACUCCAUGGAUCCCCUGCUGCCAUCCGAACAAGAUAUUUCAAAGUGUUCGGGAUGCAAGAAUCUGGUUACUAGAGAAGAUGACACCCAUCAAGUGGUAAAGAACCGUCUGGACCUCUACUUUUCUAACCAGGAAAAGAUUUCACAACUGCUCUCCAAGGAGCCUACGAUAAACUUUGAGGUUAAGCGCGGUAUCAAGGACUAUUCUCUCUUGAAAUCAACCCUCGACAACAUUUUAAAUGCGCCAGAUAACUAG